ACUGGACAUGGCAAUGGCCACAAUCAUCUCUGCAUCUAUUAUUACCAAACCAAAUUUUAUUUGGACAUUACAAGUUCCAAAAUCCGGCAUUUCUAAUGCUCAAGCUGCCCCCAGUAUUCGACGAUCUGGAAAUUAUCAGCCUUCUAUUUGGGACUAUACUCAUAUUCAAUCAUUGAAGAAUCAAUAUUCAAGUGAGAAUUUCAUCAGACGCCGCAAUGAACUGAAAAUGGAAGUCAAGAUUAUGCUUAAUGAUCGUAACAUGAAGCCAUUGGACCAGUUGGAGAUUAUCGAUAAUUUGCAAAGGCUUGGAUUAUCUUAUCACUUUGAAGAUGAAAUAUACAGCAUUAUGAAUACAAUAUAUGGCAAAAAUAGCGAAAAAUUGAGCAAAAGAGAUCACUUGUAUGCUAAAGCUCUUGAAUUUAGACUCUUGAGACAAAACGGAUUUAACAUUUCACAAGAAAUAUUUGAUGGUUUGUAUGACAAUAUGGCAGCUGGUCAUUGUACUGAGGAUACAAAAGGGAUGCUAUAUUUGUAUGAAGCUUCAUUUCUUGCAACAGAAGGUGAAAAUGAAUUGGAGUUAGCAAGAACUUUGACAGAAAAACACCUAAGAGUAUAUUUGGAAAAUAAAAAUUAUAAGGAUCAAGAUCUGGCUGAGCUAGUGCACCAUGCUUUGGAGCUUCCAUUGCAUUGGAGGAUGUUGAGAUUAGAGGCAAGGUGGUUCAUCAAUUUCUACAAGAAAAGACAAGACAUGAUCCCUUUCUUGCUUGAGCUGGCUAGCCUUGACUUCAACAUUGUUCAAGCAGCUCAUGUUGAGGACUUAAAAUAUGUGUCUAGGUGGUGGAAGGAAACAUGCUUAGCAGAGAAUCUGCCAUUUGGUAGAGAUAGGUUGGUGGAGAAUUUUUUUUGGACAGUCGGAGUAAAUUUCCUUCCUCAAUAUGGAUACUUCAGAAGAAUUGCCACAAAAGUAAAUGCUUUAGUAACCACAAUAGAUGAUGUCUAUGAUGUUUUUGGUACUCUGGAUGAACUACAAAUCUUCACUGAUGCCAUCCAAAGAUGGAAUAUCAACGAGUUGGAUAAACUCCCAGACAUUAUGAAGAUGUGCUAUUUUGCACUCGACAACUUUAUUAACGAAGUGGCUGGUGAUGCUUUUGAAGAGCAUGGCAUUUUCAUUUUACCAUAUCUAAGAAAUGCGUGGACAGAUUUGUGCAAUUCAUACUUGAGAGAAGCAAAGUGGUACCAUAGCCAGUAUACCCCAACCAUGGAAGAAUAUAUGGACAAUGCCUGGAUCUCGAUAACAGCUCCAGUAAUAUUAGUACAUGCAUAUUUCCUCGUUGCCAACCCUGUAAACAAGGAGGCUUUGCAUUACUUGGAGAAUUACCAUGACAUAAUUCGUUGCUCAGCAUUGAUUUUGCGGCUCGCCAAUGAUUUAGGAACAUCAUCGGACUAGUUGAAAAGGGGUGAUGUACCUAAAUCAAUACAAUGUUACAUGAACGAAAAUAAAGCUUCAGAAGAAGAGGCUCGACAACAU